AACAUUGAGCACUGUAAAAUGCACAGCUCAUCCCUUGUAUAAUAGCAGUUUGGUCUUCAGUUUGGACUCUUUGGUUUGGUGAUUGAGGGCAAUGAAGAUAAAAUGCAUACAAUAAUCAAAAGCUGUGCUCUACUUUUGUGGUUGCAUACGUUGACCUUUGUGAAAAGCCAAGAUUGUGCUCUUCAACAGUUUUUAGAUGACCCAAGCUUGUAUGAUUCCAAUUUUGACACCACUGGUCUUCAGGCCAGCUACCCUGGUGGAAAACAAGUAAGAGUGGGCUGCAAUGUUGGUUACAGUGGCUUUUACAAGCUGAUUUGUGUCGAAGGAAAGUGGCAGUCUAGAGGCAGUAGAUGUCAACCAAAAUCAUGUGGUCACCCCGGUGAUGCAGAGUUUGCAGAUUUUCAACUCCAGAAAGGAGACGAUUUUGUGUUUGGAUCACAAGUUCUAUACACCUGCUACCCUGGUUAUCAAAUGGUCAGUCGGACGAACAUUCGCCGUUGCAUGGCUGACGGCUGGGAUGGAAACCUUCCAGUCUGUGAAGCCCAACUGUGUCCAGUGAUUCAUGUGGCCGAUAAUGUUCAAGUGUAUGGGGAUACAGAAGAAGCAACCUACGGCAAAGUAGUACGAUUUAGCUGCAAGUCCAGCACUGAAAUCCUGAAAGGGGCACCAGAGAUUUUUUGUAAUGAAAACAGCGAAUGGAAUGAAGAACCUCCUACAUGCAAAGAGAUAACAUGUGGAAGACCUGCUAUUUUAAAUGGCUUUGUGAGGGGAAAUAUCGAAGAGUACAGAGAACAUCAAGUCCUGGACUAUGGGUGUAAUGCUCAAUAUAAGCGUUCUGAAGAAAGAUCUACAAAAUGCGUAAAAGUAGGAUCAAGAGCAGAGUGGAGCCCCACACCUUUGUGUGAAUACGCAACGUGCAAAGUGAAAGUGCCACCACUGGUAGGAACGCGAUAUGAACCAUCUGGCAAAAGUGUUUUUUCUCCUGGUGACAGAGUGAGAGUUAUUUGUGGAGAGAAAUACUUCAUUUUCAACCGUCAGACGGCCUCAGCAGAGAUUCUUUGUAACGACAUGGGAUCCUGGGAGCAUAGACCACUAUGUGAAGAGAUCACAUGCAGCCGUCCCGACAGCCAACUUUUAGAUUACUGGGGUGGAGGUUGGUAUCUUAAAAGAGCGGGUGACACUGCAACUUAUAGGUGUAUAUCAGGCUACAAGAGCACGAAUGGAGAUGAUCGGGCCACAUGUGCCAGAGAUGGAUGGACACCAAACCCACUUUGUCAAGAGAUAACAUGCAUGACACAGGAUCACCCAAAUGCUAUCAUUGGUGGAAUAAUUAAGCCAGUAUACAAGUACAAUGAUCAGGUCAGGUAUAUCUGCAAGAAUGAUCAUACCCGAUAUUUUACUCUAACCUGCACGGACAAAGGAUUGUGGAGGGGAUCUGUUCACUGUCCAGACAUUGGCUGCUCAAAACCUGUCAUUAAAGAUGUGGACAUUAUUGAAAAUGACAGGAGGGAGCGUUUCAGUCAUGGUGAGCGUGUUGCAUGCAGGUGCAAUCACGGUGCUAGAGAAUCUUUUACUGUUACCUGUGAUCAAGGUAAAUGGACGGGGAUUAAAAGCUGUUCAGGUUGUGGAGAACUUUCUGUUGAGCAUGGAUUUGGGGUUCAUCCAAAUGCAACAGUGCCAUUAGCGUACUACACCUGUGAUGAGGGUUACAAGCUUUUCACCAAAGGCUGGUGGGCUGAAGCCAAAUGUAAUGAUGGUGAAUGGUCUAAACUUGACCAAUGCAUUGAGCAAAGCCAAUGUGGAGAAGAACCCGUGAUUCCUAAUGGGAAGGCAACACGUCGAGAGACCAGACAAGGACCUGUCCAAACUUUACAGAUCGAUUGUGAUGCUGGAUACUUGGCUUCAAUCGCUCAGUUAAGGUGUCAAGAAGGACAGUGGAAUUUAGAAUUACCCCCUGAAGAAAUCUGCAAACGUAAUGCUGAUCUCUGUGGUCCCCCUCCUAAAGUUGAGAAUGCUGUUGUUUCGACGCCAUAUCAGAAGGAAUACUUGUCUACCUCCCAAGUAACUUAUCAGUGCCGUGAUCAGCAUAGGAUCCAGGGAGAAGACACAAUUAGAUGCAGAGACGGAGAAUGGGAGAGGAAGAACAUUAAGUGUAUCCCAUUCUGUGGGAAGCUUAAAGACAAGAUGAAAACAAUGACUUUCUCAAAAAGUAAAGAAAGGUAUGCGACUGGAGACGUCAUCAAUUAUCGGUGCGUCGUACCUGAGCCAAUAGCUCGAGGCACUGCAACAUGUGAGAAUGGCACAUGGAUUAAAACAGUGGAAUGUAAAGUGAAACCAUGUCCGACUCCUAAUAAUAUUAAUGGUGGCCGGCAUGCCAUCAUUAAGGGUAAAGGCUAUGUUUAUGGAACAGCUGUGAAAUACACAUGCAAUGAAGGGUAUCGAAUGGAGGGUCAGCACACUUUGAAGUGUACGCUGGAUGGUUGGGACAAUAUCGAGCCACGUUGUGAAAGAGUCACGUGUCAAGUUGGUUCAGUAACCCCUGGUUUUGCGGCACCACCGGCAGGUGAAACGGUGACAGCUGGAGAGAGCUUGGUGUUCAGCUGCAGAGAUAACUAUGACCUGGAAGGAGAUGGAGAAGUCGAAUGUUUAGGAACUGGAGAGUGGAGUGGCCCCUUUCCAACCUGCUCUAAGAAAUGCCAAGUCCAGAAUGUGCCAUCCACUGUAAACUACACCCCACGAGUACCAACCCUAAGUAAAGGAGAAACAUUAACAUUUUCUUGCAAAAAUCAACAACACGUGAUUCAAGGGAGUUCAACUGCUGAAUGUUUGGAAAAUGGAGAGUGGAGUAAAACUUUUCCGAGUUGUGGAGCUUCUUCACAUUGUGGAAGACCACCCUCUCUGGAAGGUGGAGACACAGAGGAAGCUACUCGAGAUCAGUACAACCGGUACGACAGGGUUAAAUACAUUUGUCAACGUUUCUACACUAUGGAGGGUGGGCCUUACAAAACCUGCAUCAAUGGUGAAUGGACCGGAGACAUUAGAUGCCUCAAACCCUGCACGGUGGAUCAAGACGCCAUGACCAGGCAUAAUAUUAGAUUCAAGUAUUCAUAUCAAGAUAAGCUGUAUUCAACCCACAAUGAUGAAAUUGAGUUUACGUGUUCCAGCGGAAGACAUGUUGGUAGAGUGGGAAUGCGUCAGAGGUGUCUUCAUGGUGUUAUUGAGCUGCCCACUUGCGAGUCAUGUUCAACUCUCCCAGAAGUUCGUCACGCUCGUGUGUCAGAAGAAAGCAAAAAAACUGAAUACCAGGAAGGAGACGUCAUCGAUUUCCCUUGUGAACUUGGUUAUAGGUCAGAUCAAACCUCAAAGUAUGUAUGCACAAGAGCAGGCUGGCAGAUGGCCCUUCAAGGAAUGUGCUACUCAUGCUCAGUGACCCCUGAUGUCCCACAUGGAUACGUAACAGAAGAGACCAGAAAAGCUGACUAUGAAGUAGGAGACAUGAUCGAUUUCGCUUGUGAGGCUGGUUAUUCUUCAGGUUGGACCAUCAAAUACGUUUGUUCCAGUCAGGGCUGGUUGCGGGUCCGCCAGGGAUCGUGUCACCUUUCAGCUUCGGGCUGUGACGCCUAUCCUGCCAAUGACAAUGUCACAGUGAAGGGUUUACUAGGAAAUGGUAAUCCCGUACCUCCUGAUCACAUCCUCACAUUCAGCUGUGAUGACCCUGGGAAACAUCUAGAGGGAAGUUCAGUGCUGAUAUGCGGUAAAGACGGACAGUGGGAUAAUCCUUUCCCCUCUUGCAAAGGCAGGAGCAAUGUUCAGAAAAACAAAGAGGUCACCAAACCCCCCACUAAAAGGCGGACGCCGGCAGCCAAGACGGGCUGCUACGCAUCGCAGACGAGGAGCGUACGACCCAACCACAGCGCAACGAGAGAGGAUACGCACCAGACAAUGACACCACACGGAGCCGGAGCCGGAGCCGGAGCCGGAGCCAGACCAACAGCCCCUCUGUUGCAGCCACACAAGACGUCCCGGAAAUUACCCCAGCGGAAGACGAACAAAGGAGGCGGAGGAGGGGCCGCUCUUUUAUUUGCGACCACCCAUAAGAACACCUGUAAAGCUGCAGCGAUGCAUCCUCACCUCUAUGUAGCUGGGUUACCACCAACAAAUGGAGAAAUGAAAGCUGGACACAAAUUACACUUUCAAUGCAGCAAUGAUUAUAAACUGGAUGGACCUAAAGAAAUUGAGUGUUUGCAAACUGGGCAGUGGAAUUCCCCCUUCCCAACUUGUUCUGCUUCUUCAUAUUGUGGAAGACCACCCUCUCUGGAAGGUGGAGACACAGAGGAAGCUACUCGAGAUCAGUACAACCGGAACAACAGGGUUAAAUACAUUUGUCAAAGUUUCUACACUAUGGAGGGUGGGCCUUACAAAACCUGCAUCAAUGGUGAAUGGACUGGAGACAUUAGAUGCCUCAAACCCUGCACGUUGGAUCAAGACGCCAUGACCAGGCAUGAUAUUAGAUUGAAGUAUACACAUCAAAAUAAGCUGUAUUCAACCCACAAUGAUGUAAUUGAGUUUGUGUGUACCAGGGGAAGACAUGUUGGUGGAGUGGGAAUGCGUCAGAGGUGUCUAAAUGGUGUUAUUGAGCUGCCCACUUUGGCCCUGUGUAGUUUAAGCAAAAAAUUCUUACAGAGGGAGGGUUUUUUGGGGGGAGGUGUUCCUGAGACCGUUUCUCUUGCAUAUGUGUUUAUUUCUGUUUGCAUGACUGUGAGACAACACAUACUCUGGUCAAUAACCUGGAUCUUCAUUAUGAGAAUCUCUUACCUUCUUUGGCUUUUUAUCUCAUGGGUAGACGUGAAGAAAUCUUCGCAGCAGAAUGUUCCUUCACAUUGUGGAAGACCACCCUCUCUGGCAGAUGGAGACACGGUGCAAACUACUCAAGAACGGUACAACCAGUACAACAGGGUUGAAUACGUUUGUCAAAGUAACUACAUUAUGGUGGGUGGGCCUUACAAAAUCUGCAUUGAUGGUGAAUGGGCUGGAGUGAUUAGAUGCCUCGCUCCUUCAUAUUGUGGAAGACCACCCCCUCUGGAAGGUGGAGACACAGGGGAAGCUACUCGAGAUCAGUACAACCACAAUGACAGGGUUCAAUACAUUUGUCAACGUUACUACACUAUGGAGGGUGGGCCUCACAAAACCUGCAACAAUGGUGAAUGGACUGGAGACAUUAGAUGCCUCAAACCCUGCACGGUGGAUCAAGACGCCAUGACCAGGCAUAAUAUUAGAUUCAGGUUUUCAUAUCAAAAUAAGCUGUAUCUCACCCACAAUGAUGAAAUUGAGUUUGUGUGUACCAGGGGAAGACAUGUUGGUAGAGUGGGAAUGCGUCAGAGGUGUCUUCAUGGUGUUAUUGAGCUGCCCACUUGUUAUUGAGUAAAGCUUUUUUUUGUCAGCUGAAUGUCAUAGACAUGUUUGACAAGAGUGAAGAAUUAGUCCAGCUUUGUACUGCGCUGCUGUGUAAUUGAAAUAAAAGAACAUAUAUUCUCUC